CACACGCAACCCAUGGAAACCCUCAACGCCUUCCUUCGCCCGCACGGCAUCGCGCUGCACUACCUCGACGAGCGCUCGCAACCUACGCUCUCCGCAGUAAAGGAAGCCUUGCUCAACCCCGCGCUACUCGGGUAUCUCAUCACACCGGAGAUGGACCGCAAUGCGCUGGCCAAGGGUAUGUGGGAGCGACUGAGCGAGUUUGGAUCGCGUGUGCGCGGCACGGACAAGCGGUGGGACGAGGCAGAGGAACAGGGCCUCGUAGACGUCGACAAGACGAUUGAGCUGGGCACGGCGUAUCGCCGCAGCAAGAAUAGGCCCCUCACGGUGGAAGGCAUCCUGGAGGUGUAUCGUUAUCGGUUGGCGCUGGUCGAGCGGGGCCCUAUUCUGGAGCCGUCUGACGCUAACGUGGCGAAUUUUGAAUCCAAAUAG